AUGGUUUCAUCUUGCUCUGGGGAAUUUCAUGAUCUCAUAGCACCUUUUUCAAGCUGCCCCAAACUCCUGUCCAAGCUUUAUAUUUUGAUGCUAAAUGAAACCCCCAACCCCUUUUGCAAACCCUGUGUAGUUGUCAGUUGCCACCCCCCUGCUGGGAUGGAGCACGUGUCUCCCAGGUCUUUUUCCCAGUUGGCAACCUCGUCCUGGGGGCUAAGAGGCAGAGGCACCCAGGGCGUCUGUGGCUGGGCAGUCCUCCCGCGAUGUUCCUUAUUCAGCUCCUCUUCUCUCCCCAAGCCAGAUGUGAGAACCAGCACUGCACAGCCGGCCCUCCGUGUGGGCUCCACGCCCGGAAGAGAAGGUCACCCACUGCAAAAGGAUGGCGUUGGUGGCAAGGGUACCAGCCUGCCUUGCGAGCUGAAGCCCUCUCUCCCAGGACUCUGGGCAUCUUGCCUCCACUGCUCAGCUGCCACCACUGAGAACUGGGAGUGUGGAGAGAGGUGCCUGGUGGCCUUCGGUUCCGGAAAAGAGGUUUAA